GAUAACAGCUGCAAGUGCGGAAUGUACGCGACCCGCUGCUGUUGCUGCAGUCAAUUUUUUUCUAAUUUAAUUUGUUCGGCAAACGAUGAUUCCUCUGACCAACAAACCCGGCGCGGGCGGCAACAGUAACUUCGGCAAACUGCCUUUGGCCAGCCGGCUGAAAGAUGCCGUCAGGUCGGCGCUGUCCGACAAGAACUCGAGGAAUCUGUUGGCGUUCCUGGUGUUGAACUUCACGUUCGCCUUUGUGGAGUUUGCAUACGGCUGCUGGACCAACAGCCUGGGGCUGAUCAGCGACUCGUUUCACAUGUUCUUCGACUGCACCGGCCUGGUGGCCGGACUGGCCGCCCAGAUCGUCAGCCGGUGGCCCGCCGACGAUUCGUACGCCUACGGCUACAAGCGCGCCGAAGUGCUGGCCGGCUUUGUCAACGCGUUGUUCCUGUUGUUCAUCGCUUUUUUCAUACUCGAAGAGGCCGUCGAACGGGCCAUCGAGCCGCCCGAAGUGCACCACGAACGGCUGUUCCUGAUAUCCGUCCUCGGUCUGCUCGUCAACCUCGUGGGCAUCUACGCCUUCCAGCACGGCGGACACGGACAUUCGCACGGUGGAGGAGGCGGCGGGCACGGACAUUCCCACGGCGGCGGCGGCGGCGGUGGAGGACACGGACAUUCGCACGACAACCACAAUGCUUCCACCAAUCACUCUCAUUUCGACGGAGACAACAACCGCAGACGAGAAACCAAUCUGCUGCUCCAGAACAGCAACCCUCAGUCGGUCGCAAUACCCAUGUACAACAACGGCGGCAACAAUAACGUCAACAGUUGGCCCGACGACCAUUCUUCUCACAGUCAUUACCAGACGUCCAGUGAUCCCGCAAAGUCUCAUCUGAUGAAAGGCGUUUUCUUGCAUAUUCUGGCCGACACGUUGGGCAGUGUCGGCGUCGUGGUCAGCGCUCUACUGAUGCGAGCUUUCGGUUGGAUGCGUGCCGAUCCGAUAUGCUCGAUAUUCAUCGGGUGCCUGGUCGGUCUCAGUGUUAUACCGUUGUUGAAAGAUUCCGCGUGCGUACUGAUGCAACGCACGCCCGUGGAGUUGGAAGAAAAGAGCCUGAACGGCGCGGGAUCGUCGUCGUCCGUCCUACAGCAGUGCUACAGAAAACUGAGAACGAUCAGGGGCGUGUACGGCGUGCAGGAACCCAGAUUCUGGACGCUGUGUUCCGACUCGUACGUCGGCUGCAUAAAAUUGGAAGUGAACGCGGCCGAGGUCGACGCCAGGUUUGUCGUCAAACAAGCCGAACAGAUAUUCUCUCAGGUGGGAGUCCGACAUCUGUACGUGCAACUGGACUACACGACGUUGUCGUAAGGUUAACUCGAUAGCGGUUGUACUUAAAAAGGCCAAAGUAUAAAAAACAUUCACAAUAUGAGAAAAUAAAAAAAUCAUGAAGGUUCGAAACAAUUUAUUAUUACAAUAUAUAUAUAUAUAUACCGAAGGCGGAAAGAAGUAUACAAUUACUAUUAUUGUUAACCAAUUUAUUUUUUUUUUUUAAAGUAAAAUUAUAUGUUUGUAUAUAAUAAAGAUAUAUGUAUACAUAUUAUGUAAUACACAUAUUUAUAUGUAUAUAUAUAUUUAUAUAUAUAUAAAUAUUAUACCCAUACACUCUAUGUAUAUAAUACCGAUAUUUUAAAUGAUAAUUUACGGAUUCUAACGUAGUCCUAAUUAAGUGUUAUUGUUGUGAUGUGUAUAAAUAACAAUUUUAUAAUAUUAUACAUUCCGCGAAUGGUCUCUCCUAAUUCCACCGCCGCUAAAAUAUAAGUAGCCAUGAUUUGUUUCAAUUGAAUAACGGUCCGACGUUUUUGAAAUAAGUAUACACCAUCUAAUAUAAUACGUCCAUCGUCGAUACGUUGUACAAAGUUUUGUCAUGUCAUAUAUAUUUUUUUUUUUAAUUUUAAUUAUUAAUAUUUAAGAAUAUAUCAUAACGCGUGUGUUGAACCAUUGUAUUUUUUUUUUUUUAUAACAAUCAUUAUAUAAAAAAAAAUAACAGUCGAAAACAUUAUAAAUCGUUGUUUGAAUUUUGUUACGUUUGUAUUUUGUGUACAAUUCAUCGACAACUUAUUUAAGAGAGAAAUGUCCUUUUAAAAGAGAAAAGGUACCUUUCUCGACAUUCGCAUCGAAGC